AUGCUGCCGGCACAUCUGACCGGUAGCUACCAGCGCUACAAGGCCGAGAAGAUCGCGAAGUCGGGUCAUGCCGGAUUGCAGCUUCCUCGCAGCAUCGAGCAGAUCGCCGAGCAUGCUAUUGAGGGGAGGAAGUCCUUCACCAACCUGCUGAAGGAGUUGCGCGAUGAUGAAUCUGGCCACACGACACAUGAGCACUUCGCUAAGGCUCUAAAACACGCCUUGGACAUCCUGAAGAAACAACACGUCUCGCCAAAGGAGGUCGAGUCCGAGCAGCCCAGUGUCGCUACACUCAAUAACAUGUUCAAUCACCUCGACUUGGAAGAGAUUGAGUCUGAUGCCGAAGACCUCAGCGCCGGCGUCCGUGCUCAACCUCACACUACGACCGCCCAAAGCCCGCCUCAGGAGCGCUAUGAGGUGCAAGACGACGGAGGAGAUCAAAGCGAUGCCACUCUUCGCAUCCUCGGCUUCUUCCAGGACCUGCACAGAAUCGAGGAGUUUGUCUGUAAUACAUGGCGCGACUACCGUGCCGGCAAAUGUAGCCUUUGCACCGCCGCCUUGAUCACGAAUGCCGCGUUAUGUCUUGUGGAAGAGAUGGAAGAGAACCUGGACAGGGUCACGGCAGUCAAAGAUACCCACAGGACGCUUCUUAGCACCGAGUCCCAUGUCUCAAGGUUGCUUUAUAUUGGCGCUUACUGGUUCAAUGUCCACCUGAGCGGGUGCAUACAAAAGAUAUCGGAUCCAGGAGUCUUUUUCUACCCCUCGCCGCGAGUGGCGAGAGCUCUCGAGCCACAUGCAGAUGAAUUCCUUGAGAAAGAACAGCUGAUCAUGAGGCUAUUCAAUGCUAGUCUCAGCAUUCACGGCUUCCUUAUGAGUAUGGUCUUGCGAUUGCCGGUAAAUCAACGGGUACUCCACACGGACCAGUUCUCACAGGUCGUUGCUAACCUUCAACAUUUGGCCGGAAGCAUUCAGGUGGCAUUCGCUUUCACAGUCAUGGCCAAAGUUCAUGGCAUUCUUGAGGGCGUCGAAUCCAGGCCGAGAAAGGAACUGUUCGCCGCCAUUGACCCAGUCAUGGAGAGCGUUCAAUAUACGGACGCUUCGAUGCCACGUGGGGGAGGGCCGUAUUGGACCACCAAAGAUAGCCACAGUCUUGCGCUGAUCAAGCAGUUUUCCUUCAUUCAAGGAAGCCAGAUUGACAGCAUAUAUCGUGAGGGGGCGGCAUUCAUGGAGCAGCGUGACAACGUCAAGGGCAUUCCUUGUCCUAAAGGGCUUGAUCAACAUCAGCACGUGGUCCUGGAUCUUAAUCCCUUGUUCUGCGGAACCGUACUUCUCAAUUUCACCCUGGCAGUUGAGAACGCCGGUGUUUUGGUGGCCAACCACCACCUCUCGGUCGUCUUCAUGGCUCAGCUUUAUAACGCACUCCAGCAGAAGCAGCUGCUCAACGGGGAAUGGCAGGAUAUCGAAGAUGUUAUACGCUCCCAUCUCGACUCUAUCUUUUUCGGAUCGCGGCCAACAACAGCGAAGCAAAUCCAUAUGAGAUUCGCUCUUCGGAAGGGACUUUCGAUGGUAGACUACAGCAAUGAACCUCGUGGCGAGAGGUUUGGCAAGGUUGCAGUUGGCGUCAACGCCAACUCCAGCAACAGUAAACGGUCAUCGGCCUGCCUCGAAGUCUCUAAAGCGUCGCGCAUCUUGAAUUCGAUGUUGGAUGGAGAAGAGACGACAAUCCGCGCACUUUUUGCUCUUAACGAACAGAUGGAGAAGGAUUGCACGAUAAAAGGGAAAAGGCCCUCGGCUCCCAAGACUACUUUCAGCGCAAUAUCAUUUCUCACCCGCCUCCGCGACUGGUUUCCGGCCCACGAAGCCGCCAUGCACAUUCCGUACAUCACUCUCACCAAGCAAUGCAACGCACUCCUGCAACAUAUCCUUGAUUCCAAACGCAUUACUCUGCCUCCUUCUGCGAAUGAUCCGGCAAAUUAUGUUCGUCACUGGGGCUCGGGCUCCAACACCGAUCCGCCGAGUUCUCGGAACCUCAUGUUCGUCCAUCUCAUGCAGUAG